GGAGGAAACGCAGGGCAGGCAGGCAGGCAGGAGGAGAGAAGACGGCGCUCGAGCGGCAGCAUCCGAAGGCCAGAGUGGGGACCCGUGCUGCCUCCACCGCUCCUCGGAUGGUGACCGGGCCCCGCCGCGGCCGCAGCCCCCCCGCGCCCCGGCUCCGCAGGCCUGCAGCGCCGGAGCCCCGCAGGAAUCAUGCCCAGGUCCUUCCUGGUCAAGAAGGUCAAACUUGACACGUUCUCCUCGGCAGACCUCGAGAGCUCCUACGGGCGCGCCCGCAGCGACCUCGGCGUGCGACUGCACGAGACAGGAUACCUCAACGACUACACGGGGCCCGCUUCCGUCUACGAUGGCGACGCCGAGGCGGCCUUGCUCAAAGGGCCGUCCCCGGAGCCCAUGUACGCUGCAGCCGUGCGGGGAGAGCUGGGCCCGGCGGCCGCGGGCUCGGCGCCGCCGCCCUGCGGCAAAACGUACGCCACAUCGUCGAACCUGAGCCGCCAUAAGCAGACUCACCGCAGCCUGGACAGUCAGCUGGCGAGGCGCUGCCCGACGUGCGGCAAGGUGUACGUGUCCAUGCCGGCCAUGGCCAUGCACCUGCUCACGCACGACCUGCGCCACAAGUGCGGCGUGUGCGGCAAGGCCUUCUCGAGGCCCUGGCUCCUGCAGGGCCACAUGCGCUCCCACACCGGCGAGAAGCCCUUCGGCUGCGCGCACUGCGGCAAGGCCUUCGCCGACCGAUCCAACCUGCGCGCACACAUGCAGACGCACUCGGCCUUCAAGCACUUCCAGUGCAAGCGCUGCAAGAAGAGCUUCGCGCUCAAGUCCUAUCUCAACAAGCACUACGAGUCGGCCUGCUUCAAGGGCGGCGCCGGAGGCGGCGGCCCCGCGGCCCCGGCGCCCGCCGCGCCGCCGCAGCUCAGCCCUGUGCAGGCCUAGGGCGGCGGUGCCUCCGCCAGCCGGGUCGGCUCUCAGCAAUAUGGGCCACCAGGGAAGUCUCCGCCGGCGCCCGGGCGGAGGGGCGGGAGGGCGGGCCCCUCCUCACAGCAAUAGGGGGAGGGGGCCCGGCUCCGCCCCGCCUGCCAGGGGCCUUGCCGGCCCCUUCAAGCAAUAGGGUCCCGAGGGGAGACCCAUCCCGAGCCCCCUUCCUUCCCCUCCAGGGUGCCCCAGGCUUUUUCCCAGCAAUAGGGUCCAGGAGACCCGGAACCGAACCUCAUCUCCGAGUAAGGUCUCUGAAGACGGGGGUGGGGUGAGGUAGGGAGCGCCCCCCUCCUCCCCCCUCUGUGCCCCUGGAUCGCGUCUCAGAGACUCAGGUCUUCCCCACCCCUUCCCAAGCCUUCCAGGGCCAGGCCCGUGGCCUAGACGUCCAGGGAGCCAGCCCCUCCCCGGCAGCAGACUGGAGGAGGAGCAGGAGGGAGGAGGCCUGCAGAAGCGUCCCUACUCCUCAGUCUUCGCUGAAGCCCGGGAGUGUUAGACGCGUUGGGGAUCGGGGAGGGGGCGGAUGGCGGCACCCCUCUCCCUUGGGUUCCUUCUGGGGCCUCAGUCCGAGCCGCUCUCCUACCCUCGCCUCGCAUCCUCUGCCAAAUCCGAAUUCUUCCGGCCCAGCUUCCCAGGCUCUGUCCUCCAUAACGAAUAAUAAUGACGCAUAUCGAAUCGCAUGGACUUAUCCGACCUCCUCAGACCCCGCUCCUGCCCUGCCCCGGGGCCCCCUCCCUCGUACCCGGGCAUUCGGUGUUGGAGGACGGAUUCCUGGGGCCCGGCAGGCAGGCCUGGGCACGGCCCUCUAUACAGCUCUCCGUAUUCGCUUUGCGGGUAAAGCCCCUUGGGGGGAUUGCGGAUGCGUCGGGUUUCUUUCUUUUUGUAUUUGUACGUUUUAUUUAUGAACGAUUGCACUCGGGUCAGGGAAGGGCCGCUCAGGCCCCCAUCCUCCCCGCCGACGCCCGGGGCUUGGGAAUCCAGGAUCACUUUCCCCGCCCCUGAACCCCGCCCCCGCCUGGGCCCCGCCUCCUGGGAGCCUCAGGCCCCGCCUCUCAGACGCCGGCCCCUCCCUCGAGCCCCGGCCCCGCCCCCACUCUGUUGCCAACUUUCGCCCGUCUAUGCCAAAGCCUCGGCGGCGACCCCGCCCCAAGGGCCCGCCCCAUUGGCCGCCGCCUUUGUGACGUCACUGCAUGCAGCCCCAACCCUCCUUCCGUCCCUUCCCGGGGCUGCCCGCUCCCUCUCCCUCUUAGUUAGUCCGAUGCCGACUAUAGAGCAAUAAUGCGCACUGCAUGCGAAGCUGCCGCCGCCUCUAGAGUUACUGAGAAUCAGGUAUCCCCUUGCCCUGUCUUCCUCAUAGGCCCCUAGAUCAGGGACGCUGUGCGUGACCGGACGCGCAGACUUUCUUCCCCCUUCUCCUCCCUACCCCACCACGGCAGAGCCCGGCGGGUGUAAUGGUUCCAGGGGCAGGGGCGAGGUGGUUGCCCCCAAGACCCCUCCUUCAGUCGUCCAUCACCCACCGACCGUUCAUUGGGCACCUACUACGUGCCAGGCCUGCUGCUGAGUAUGCCAGGGACACAGUGACCUGUGGGGGAGGGGGUGGUGCAUGUUCGUGAGGGGCCUGGCCGGCUUUGCUGGGCCAGGGACCACGGACAAAGAUGCAGAGAGAGGCCGGGUCCCUAGGCCCAACCGUGUACCCCUCACUCCUCCUCACCCCCGCCGGGGUCCAAUGCUGGGUGUAGCCAGGCUCUACCUUUGACUGGGCUUGGCCUUCUCAGCUCAGGAGUCACAGACCCAGGGCACCAAGGCCCAGUGCCACCCAUACCGACUCCCAGUCCUUCCAUCCCCUGGCUACCGCAGCUCUGCAGUGUUAGGCCAGAGUCCCAGGCCAGACACAAAGGUGCACUCUGGAGUGUAUGACCUGGCCAGCCCCAUCCCCAUGGGCACGAAGCCCACUGGUGCCCAGCUGCACCCACAGGGUGGACUGAGGGCCCAGCACAGCAGGGCCCCCAUGCAAAACCCCCUACACCUCAGCUCGGGGCCCACACAGCUUCCAAGCUGGGGCCAGCCUGCCCAGCCAGGCACACCCGCAUGCACACGCACACACAGGCGCCCCCCUAUCCCCCCACCUGUCUACCUACCUAAGGAGAAGGGCCGUGGGCUGGCUAGGGUCUUCCCUUCUCCCCACACCCCACCGCCGUGGAAAGCCAUGGGCCCCCUCCUGCCCCCAUAACUAAGCAGCACAAUAACCGACUUAGCGAAUUCAGGUAGAAGAACGAUUAGGUAGCACCUAUUUUGUACUGACUCUACGAGUAGGGCCCGAGAUGCGGGGGCCCUCGGGUGGGGGCUGUGGCCGCCGGCCUGCCCUGCCCCCACCCCGCCUGCGCCCCGCCGCCUUGUACACACUCCCACCCGGAACAGGCCGGGAUUUUUACUCGGGCCGCGCCCCUCUUCCGCCCCCGUUUGGGGCUGGGCCGGCCGGACAGACGGACGGACGGACAGACCUACUUCCUAAGCACAAUAGCACCAGCUCCCCGGAGCGCCGCACCUCCACGAGGAGAAUAAAUGCCACUCUUGAUAGAA